UGCUGUCCAGCCUAAUUGGCGGACACUGCUGAGUAAAUGGGAAUACCGGGAGCGCGUCUUUGAGCUGCAGUUGGAAAGUGGAGCAGAGUGCGCACUCCUUUUCCUCAGGAGCAAAACUGCGUUGCUUUCUCACUCAUAACAAGUUGAUGUUUAGGCGGAGCUGAAUGUUCUCGUUUAUGGCAGGUCGGAUUCUUUAUCACAUAUUUUAAUUUGACGAUCCUGCUUUUCCAGUUGAUGCGGAGGAUAAAAGCAGAGUUUCUGCACAUGUAGCGCAGAAAGACGGAUUCUCCAGAGGCUUCCGUAAGAGUAACAGCCAUGUAUGCAGGACGCAAGAGGAGAAAACCCGUUCAGCGAGUGGUGAAGCAACCACCAACUGCGGGAUCCAAGUCCAAUCCAUCUAAACGACAUAGAGACAGGCUAAACGGGGAGCUGGAGCGGCUGGCCAGUCUGCUGCCGUUUCCUGAAGAGGUCACUGCCAGUCUGGAUAAACUGUCCAUCCUCCGCCUAAGUGUCAGCUACCUACGAGCCAAGAGUUUCUUCUCUGUUGCCCUCAACAAUCGAAAUGGAGGGAAGGAUGGUCACAAUAAAACAGGAGGAACAAAUACCAAGAUGCCCGAGGGUGAGCUUCUGCUGCAGGCUCUCAAUGGAUUCAUCCUGGUUAUCACUGCCAGUGGGACCAUCUUCUACUCCUCUCACACCAUUCAGGACUAUCUGGGCUUCCAUCAGACUGAUGUCAUGCACCAGAGUGUGUAUGAACUGGUCCACACGGAGGACCAGCAGGAGCUCAGAAGAAACCUGGACUGGGCUUUGAAUCCUCCUGAUCCAACAUCCCCCAAAGAGAUGGAAUUUGACAGUAGCUCAUCUGUGGUCUGCUACAACCCGGAGCAACUGCCCCCGGAGAACUCGUCCUUCCUGGAGAGAAGCUUUGUGUGUCGCUUUCGCUGCCUCUUGGACAACUCUUCUGGUUUCCUGGCUUUGAAUAUCCAGGGAAGGCUCAAGUUCUUGCAUGGGCAGAACCAGUGGCAAGAAAAUGGAGGGAAAGCUGCGCCGCUGCUUGCAUUAUUCGCUAUUGCAACUCCUCUUCAGCCUCCAUCCAUUCUAGAGAUCAGAACCAAGAACAUGAUCUUUAGAACCAAACACAAGCUGGACUUCACCCCCAUGGCCUGUGACGCAAAGGGGAAGAUAGUGCUGGGGUACACGGAGGCUGAGCUGCGGGCGAGGGGCUCUGGCUAUCAGUUCAUCCACGCCGCAGAUAUGUUGUACUGUGCAGAGAACCAUGUCCGAAUGAUGAAGACUGGAGAGAGUGGUCUGACUGUGUUCAGACUCCUGACUAAGGAAAACCAGUGGAAGUGGGUCCAGGCCAAUGCCCGGCUGGUGUAUAAGAAUGGGAAACCAGAUUACAUCAUCGCCACCCAGAGGCCUCUUUUGGAUGAAGAAGGAGGAGAACAUUUGCGUAAGCGCUCUAUGCAUCUACCCUUUACGUAUGCUACAGGAGAAGCCCUGCUCUAUCAGUCCAAUCAUCCCAUCGCAGGCUUUAGAGAUGGCAGCUGUGUAAAAAAUUUUAGCAAGUCAAAGAAGAAUCGGACUGAUAAGCUGCUGACGGAUGGCCUGGACCCGGGCUCCCUUCUUGGGGCACUCAUGAGUCAGGAUGAGUCAGUGUAUGUUUGCCAGCCAGCUGUGGAGCCCAAGCUGUCAUUUCACAGCAGCUUCUUUGCAGAGCACGUUAGUUUCUCUGAAAGUGAACCCUCCAACCUGCACAGAAGCUGGAAUGAACCUGCUAAUAGUGUCGUAGGUCCAGGCAUCACAGAACCAGGUACCAGCUUUGACCCACUGCUGGCUACUUUGGACUCGCUCUCUUUGGAGGGCCAAGGGAUGGAUGCAGAAGAGAGGAGUUACUCAAACAGCGAGCUGUUUGGAGCUCUGGAAGGGCUGGGCCUGAGUGCUGAGGACCUGGAGUUGCUGCUGCUAGAUGAGCGUAUGAUCAGAGUUGAGAUGGACCCUGAACACGUGCCCACUUUGGAUGAUCUGCUGACAAAUGAUGAGAUUCUCUCUUACAUCUAUGACUCGAUAGAAGGAAGGACUGAUUCCACUGUACAUGGAGGACAGGUACCUCCUAGCACUACCGCAGCAACCUCCACACCAGUGUCAUUAUCAGAAAAUAAUCUUGAUACAAGUGUGCAAAUGCAGUUUUGUCCCUCCAAGCCUCCAAUAAUGGAGCACACUCCCAUUGUCCAGCUAUCCCAGCAGAUGCAACAGCAUCUCAACAUGCGAACCACUAAAGUACCACCUAACUGGGGCCAGCAGAGUGACCAUUUCCCCCACAGGAUAGUAAAUGGAGAGCUGCUGGGGCAAAAUCAGUCUAUUGCCAAUGGACAAUGGACAGCCCAAGACAUUCUAGUCCCAGCAGAGAUCGAGUUGGAGCAACUGACCACACAGCAGACUACUUUCAAUGACAAGGCCUCAGACUUGAAUAGCAAGCUUCACCAACACUACCUUCAGCAGGAGCAGCAACCAAGGACCCAGAAGCAGCUCUCACUACAGUGCCAUGCCAAACAGACGGCAGCAAACCUUGACGGACGAUGUGGUCCGUCGAGCCCAGAGCAUUCAGCAGAAAAAAUGCCAUGGCAGAACUACAGCUUCAGCGAAAGCCUGGGCAGCAGUUUCUGCAUUGACAACAGCCAAAACGCUCUUACAAACACCUCACUGGAGUCUUGCAGGGAGCCCACUAUGGACAGUGUGGAUUACACAGUCAGUGGAGGUGGUUUGCUUGAGAGAAGUGCAGAGCAGCGGGGCGCUGAGAGCACAGUUGCAUCUUUUCGUGGAAUGAACCACAAAAGCCACCCAGAGCAGAUCCCAGGCCCCUUGUUCGAGGUCAUCUCCAGUCUGUCGCAGUGCCCUCCCUGCACUAGCCCCCUGGAGCAGAUUCUAAGAGUGGGUAAGCCCUGCUGCCAGCUCGACCACUUUGGCUUGGUGACCUCUGAGAUCCUUGACGACCCCAAUCACAGCAAGAUGGAAAAUGGCUGCGUGCUAAACAGUACUUACCCAGGAGGUUGUGCCCUGCCUAACAGGAAUGGAUCUGUGCCUCCUACUAUCCAGGUACCCAGCCCUGAGACGUUGCCUACACUUCCAGACCCACCAGCCACCGGCUUCUACCUCUGACCAUCUGACCAGGGACAGUCAUGUAGCAGGACACUGUGAAUGGCCAGAAACAUCCAGUGACUGGACCAGCCUUAUACAUCUACACACUACAACAAACAAAGCUGGAGAAACGUAGGCCGACAUCUGUGUUGUCUGUUUUUGUCUUUUCAUUUUGACUUUGUAAUGUUGUGUCAGGGGAGGGGAUCACCGAGUUAUAUUUUAAGUCAUAUUAUCAUAUGAGUCCUUUGUUUACACUAAUGCAGUUAAGAGCGCUUAGCUUGUUUUAAGUAAAUAUGAAUCAUUGGAGGCUGGGUUUUAGAAAUCUGCAUUCAGAUACACUGUAAAACCAACGUGUUCUCGUCCCAGGACAUCAGAUUCUGCCGUGCUGUCUUAGUAUUGGUACUUUAAUGCACCAGCAUGGCUUCAUUAGACACUGAGAACCAAGAAAUCUGUUUUCAAGAGGAAUUUACAAGUUAGCCAGCCAGUCUGUGGUUUAUGUCCUCUUCAGGAGUCUGUGGUUUGCACUUUCAUUACACUCAGUGAUUCUUUGCCUAUUCGUUUCAUACAGAUUAUUCAGACUGAAUCUACAGUUAUAUGGACCAAGAAUUUGGCCACAUCUCCUAAUCUUAGAAUUCAGGUGUUUUCAGCCCCAUUUCCAGGGGUGUAUAAAAUAAAGCACCUAGCCAUGCAGUCUGUCUUUACAACCAUUUAUGAAAGAAUGGGUCAUUAUAAGGAGACACUGAUUUUUUGCAUGGCACUGUAAUAGGAUGCUACUACUGCAGCAAGUCGGUUAGUGCAAUUUCUUCCCUCCUUCCUACAUAUAUUUUAUAAUCAAUUUUAAGGAGUGUUAUUAUUAUUAUUAAGUGGAAGCUUUUAGCAGCCGGAGUAGGUCAGCCACUAAUGUGCCGUUACAGUGCUAAGGCAUACAGUGUGUAAAAGUCACUGAUUUGCUUACUCAGUAACUCCGGCAUUAAUGUAAGCACAAAAACUGUGGCAUGUGUUUCCAUGGCUCCUGUAGGUUUACUGUGUAGGUGCUCCAGUACUAGGGUAUCCAUGUAGAGUCUGUUAUGUAAAAAAGGUCUGAUCCAUCCAUCUAUCCAUCCAUUUUCUGCCCAUCUCUGCCCAGACCACCCUCCUCCAGCACCUCAAUUCAAUUUUAUUCAUACAUCCUCAAAUCACAACAAGAUUCAAGUCAGUGCACUUUAUACUAAUCCCCAACAAUCAUAUGACCCCCUACAAGCAAGCGCUUUGGCAACAGUGGGAAGGAAAAACUCCCUUUUAACAGGAAGAAACCUCCGGCAGAAUCAGGCUCAGGGAGGGGCGGGGCCAUCUGCUGUGGUCGGUUAGGGUGAGACACCAAGGUGUUUCCAAGAAAUGUAAUUUCUCCAGAGCAUCGUGGAUCUUCCCAGGGCCUCCUUCCAAUGGGGCAUGCACUGAACAUCUUGAGCAUCCUGGUCAGAUGCCUUAAGAGGGCAGUGGCUCUAUUCCUGCUUUUUCCUGAAUGGCAGAAUUCCUCACUCUAUCUCCAAGGCUGAGCCUAGGCUCCCUUCAGAGAAAGCUCAUUUCUAUGUUGUAUCUGUGACCUCAUUCUUACGGACAUGAGGUCACAGAGCUUGUGACUUAGGUGAACGUAAGGGCGUAGCUACAAUUCAACAGCUUUGCUUUUACACUCAGCUUUCCCCUUACCAUGACAGACCAGUACAGCAUCUGCAUCACUGUAGAUGCUUCUCGAACCUGUCGAUCCAAUCUCUUGGUCCACUCCCCCCUAAAUCAUGAACAAGACCCCAAGAUCUGUAACUGCUCUACCAAGGGUAGUAACUCGUUCCCAUCCCAGAGAGCCCUUUUCAGUCUGAGGACCAUGGUCUUGAAUUUUGAAACACCAUUUCUUAUCCCAGUGUGAGUUGGAGAAUCUCAAGAUCCUGUGACCACCACACCAGACCUCUUGGCUGCUCCUAGAAAUUUUGUCCAUGGAAAUUGUGGACGAAAUCGUGACAAACGACAGCAGUCCCUUUGUUCAACAGUCACAAAGAACGAGUCUGACUUAUAGCCAACAAUGUGAACUGGGCUCUGGUAAUGGUUGUACUGGUUAGGCCACAGCAAUGGGCCUGAUACCAUAUACUCCCAAAGCAUCUCCAACAGAACACACGGUUGAAUGCCUUCUUCAAGUUCCCAGAACUCAUGUAGACUGUUUGGGAACUCCCAUGCAUCCUCAAACAUCCUUGAGAAAAUAAAGAGCUGAUCCAUGAUCAGGAUGAAAACCACCUCAUGAAUCUAAGGUUCCACUAACAGGCAGACGAAGUACCCAGGCUGAGGCUGAGAAGCAUGAGCAUCCUAAAGUUGGACCACACUUUGUGGACCCAGUCCUUGAAGAGGGGAACCACCACCACCCCAGUCUCCCAGUCCAGAGGCACUGUCUCUGACUGCAACACAAUGUUGCAGAGGUGUGUCAGCUAUGACAGCACCACAGCAGAGCCUGAGCCUUGACAAACUACCUCAGUGACCUUACUCCCAGUCCUCUUAUACUACAAGAAGCCAUGUCAGUGGGAUUGAGGAGAUUCUUUGAUGUGUUAGUUCAACUGUCCUCUGUUGAGGUCAGCAUCCCCACUAUAGUCCCAUCCCCAUUAUAUACAGUGUGGACGGAAACUGCUUUCCCCUGACAGUUUGCCAGGCCAACCGAAAGGCUUCUUCCAUGGCCUCUCUUCUCCCAUACUGAGUUUUUGCCUUGGCUACUGUCAGAGCUGCACUCUGGUUAGCCUGCUGGUACAGCUGUUCCAUGUACUCAAAACCAGUUUCAGUAACCAGGGAUCAGACCCCCACAUCCUUCCUCUUCUGUCUAACCUAUGAUUGCUGUGUUGUAGAAUGCACAAUCAGACAGGUUUUACAUCAUCUGUUUGAAUGUAGGAAAAGCUAGAGGAGCUCUGGAAACCUUUAUAUCUCUGAUAAAUGCAGUUCUUUUCUGGUGAUAUGUUUAUUGUUUCGUGUGAUCUUUCCUAAUAUGACUGGUUUGCUUUGCUUUGUAUCUGAAUGCACCAUACAAACGCGUGAUUACAGGUGUUGGUACAGUUAAGUUUUGCUCAUGCUACAGGAAUGUAAUUGUUAAGUGUUUAUUGAUUUCUUUGUUGAAUGAUUUUCAACAAUGAGAUUAAUCCAUAUACAUUUGAAAAAAAGUAUAGAACAUGAGAAUUAUUUCUAGAACUAUCCUGCACUUUAUUUCUUAAACCCACCUGAUGCACACUGGUAGUGAAGGACACUGGGGGGUGAAAACCCUGAUUUAUGGGGUUCUUCCCAUUUCUGACACGGUCUUAUUUUGCGAUACACUUCAAAUGAUGAGUCCUCACAAGCACAAACAUGUCAUGUUAGUGUAAUCAUUUUUAUUUUUCUCCACUUGAAUUGUUUGUCUCUUGUUGAUUAUGUUGACAUUGAAUUGAACCUCUCAAAGAUUCGUUUUUUUAUAUGUGGUCACUGUUACAAGUUUACCUGACUCAUUUGGAAGAAACCCCUUGUGUAUUUCUCUAUAUAUCAAUGUCCUAUGGGAAGUUCCUGAUUGUUUGGACGUCCAUAUGUAAGAUAUUGUCUCUACCUAGGCUGCACUUACCCCUUCCUCCCUGCUCUCACCUGCUCCAUAACAUCUACUAUACUAUACUAUAUACAAAUGGAAAACUCACGAUUUUAAGGGCAGAGCCUGAUAUCUUCAUCUUGAUAUCAUCUUGUUGUCAAACCAACCUAAAAUGUGAAAUAUAGUCAUUUAAUGACACACGGGUGACAAAUUAAAGGAAAAAUUGACACCUGUAAUGUGGGGAUUAUCGGGCAUAAGGGAAGCCUCACAUGUACAACCUGUUGCUCUUAAACCCUUUUUCAAUCCUAAGUGAAUCAGACACUGCUGUCAUUGGAUAGUCCAGACAGACGGCUUCACUGUGCAUGAAAUCAGACAGAAUUUACACAUGGAUGAAUAUAAAUGGAUUAGUGUGUUUCAGAAAUUUGCCAUCCUGCUAAUAGUAGUCUAUAUGUGAAGUGUACAUGUGUGGUGUGGUUGUUACGGUUAUAUUCAAGUCAAUUCAUGAACAAUUACAUUGAAAUGUGCAUUUGCUAUAAUUAGCACCAAAUUGUGAACAAAUUUCAGUAAGAGAUCUUCUGUAAACAGAGCCACGUCAUAAUCUGCUCACAGACUUUGUUGUUGCGUUAGACUGUUUGGACUGUGGAAGUUAUAUCAGUAUUCAACCAUGCUUUUGGGGUAUUUACAUAUAACAUAGUGAAGACACAAGGAGUCAGCUGGGGCCCCGGAGAAAACAGCAAACAUAAAAUAAGAGUGAAUAAAGCUAAACUACUGGCAAAAAGAUUAUGGAUACAAAUGCUCUUUUAUUCACCGGGUAGGCAAAAACUGUAACUCAUCAGUAAAGCUGCUUUUGUGUAUGUGUGUAUGUGACAAUCUCUACAUGCAACAAUAGAAAUACGUGGUCUGUAGUAGAAAUAGAAAAUAAAAAAACAUCAGAGAAAUAGGAUGGACUGCUUCCAUCAAGCCAUAGUCCACCAGAUGAAUACAAAGUAGCUCUGAGUGAUUCAAUUCAAUUUUAUUUAUAUAGCGCCAAAUCACAACAAAAGUCGCCUCAAGAUACAGAUAAAUACAGAG